AAAAAAAAUUUGCAUUUAUUUUUUGUUCCUUUCUCUCGUUUUUCUGCCCUUUUCUCUUUUUCUUGUCAAUUAAACGUUAUUUCUUCUUUGGUAAUCGAAGGAAAGCUAAUAAAAUGGAGAGAAAGCAAAGCUCCAAAUCUAAGUUGAACAUAGCCAUCAUUCACCCAGAUCUUGGCAUUGGUAUUUUUCCAGUUACAGUAUAUGGUGACUUCCUUCCACGAAAUAUUUUCUAUCGUCUUCAUGCUGUUUGUGCAUAUCUGCGCUGCGUCUUUGUUGCACUUUGUAUGCUGUUCAUGUGGCCAUCAUUUGAUGUUAUACUAGCAGACCAGGUCUCUGUAGUCAUCCCAUUGUUGAAACUUAAAAAGUCCAUAAAGGUUGUAUUCUAUUGUCAUUUUCCAGAUUUGUUACUAGCUCAACAUACAACUUUUCUGAGGAGGAUAUACUGGAAACCUAUUGAUUUUAUAGAAGAACUGACAACAGGAAUGGCAGAUAUGAUACUGGUCAAUAGCAGAUUUACUGCUUCUACCUUUGCUAAAACAUUCAAGCAUCUGCAUGCUCGAGGAAUUAGAGCAGCCGUUCUUCACCCUGCAGUUAAUGUGCAUCAGUUUAACGAGCCCCAUUCUUAUAAGUUGAAUUUUCUUUCUAUCAAUCGCUUUGAAAGGAAAAAGAACAUAGAUUUAGCAGUUUCUGCUUUUGCGAUGCUUCAGACCCUUGAAGGAAAUGUCCAUCAAACUUCUAACUUGGCUGAUGCUAAGUUGACAAUUGCUGGUGGAUAUGAUAGACGCCUAAGGGAAAAUGUUGAGUACUUGGAGGAGCUCAAAAGCUUAGCUGAGAGGGAAGGAGUCGCUGAUUGGGUUAAUUUUGUUACGUCUUGCUCAACAGAAGAAAGGAAUUCUCUGCUCUCUCAAUGCCUAUGUGUCCUUUAUACACCAACAGAUGAACACUUUGGCAUUGUUCCAUUAGAGGCAAUGGCAGCGUACAAACCUGUUAUAGCAUGCAACAGUGGUGGUCCAUUGGAAACAAUCAAGAAUGGGGAAACAGGAUUUCUUUGUGAUCCAACUGCAAAGGACUUUGCUUUGGCCAUGGAUAAACUCGUUCAAGACCCAGAGGUGGCAAAGAGAAUGGGGGCACAGGCUAGGCAGCAUGUCAAUGAAUCAUUUUCUACGAAGAUGUUUGGCCAGCAUUUGAAUCAGUUUCUUCUGGAUGUUGUUAGAAGCAAACAGGACUGAAAAUGGGGAAUAGGCAAUGAUGAUGACCUUUCCUCUACAUAAUUUUGCAGAAAAUGUAAACAUUAUACUUAAGAUGUUAGAAAUGUUUAGUUUUUGCAACUGAGAUUAAAAAAAAAAAAAAAACCACUUUCUGCAAUGAGAUUUCAUCAGUUGAUGACUGCUCAUAAUUUUUUGACCAUAUGCGACAAACCCAGAGUAAAAAAAUUGAGCUAACAAAUCUGGUAGAUCUCUAAAUGCAGA